ACUUUGACAAUGGUUUAGUGGCAAAACGGUAGAUAUAUAGCUUUUGCCGUCUUCUCCAUUCAACACUCUGGUUUGCAGAAGGAAGAAUUGUCUCAAAACCUAUCAAAAUUUUCCAAAAGACUUAUCCCCAAUUCAUAUUUACUCGGUUGAAGACGUCUCUUCUUAUAGUUUCAUCUUCUAUACUGAGAUGGAUAACAGCGGAGCUGAUGAUGAGCCGUCAAGGCGUGUUCAUGUACGUUUUGUCACCAAACUCAAGUCUCCGUUCAAAGUUCCAACCACCUCUAUUGCUAUUCCAUCAAACCUUACCCGGAUGGGCCUCUCAGCCAUCGUUAACAACCUUCUUGAAGCUGGUAACGAUGAUUGGCAACUCGAGCCCUUCGAUUUUCUUAUCGGGGGAGAGUUAAUUCGGAUGUCAUUGGAAGAGUUUCUAGUUGCUAAGGGUAUCUCUGCGGAGAAAGUUUUAGAAAUUGAAUACGUCAAGGCUGCAAUCCCAAGGAGAGAGGAAGAACCUUCUUUACAUGAUGAUUGGGUCAGUGCUAUUGAUGGUUCCAAUCCUGGGUUCAUCAUGACGGGAUGCUAUGACAAUUUAGGCAGGCUGUGGAAGGGUGCUGGUCUGUGUUCGCAUAUAUUAGAGGGACAUGGAGCCCCAAUUACUUCCAUAACUGUUGUUAAUCAGAAAGGUAUGACAGGUUCCAACAAUACAACAUUUGCUACUGCUUCAAAAGAUAAAACAGUGAGGCUGUGGAAGUUUGAUGUAGAGGAUUCCACUGAACAAUUUACAAAGAUUCGAGCUUACAAGAUUUUAUCUGGGCAUAAUGCAUCUAUUCAAAGUGUUGCAGCAGAUCCUUCUGGAGAUAAGAUUUGUUCUGGUUCUUGGGAUUGUAGCAUCAAAUUGUGGCAAACAGAUCAACUUGAUGCUGGAAGUGAUCAAGUGUCUACCAAGAAAAGGAAAACAGGAGUUGAUGAUGUAGAAGUUCAAACAGAGGGUGAAGCUAGUUCCACUCUUGUGGGCCACACUCAGUGUGUGUCUUCUGUUUCCUGGCCGGAAUAUCGCACCAUUUAUUCUGGAUCAUGGGAUCAUUCCAUUAGAAAGUGGGAUAUCGAAAGAGAGGAGGCUACAGAUGAAAGGUAUACUGGAAAAGUUGUCAACUGCCUUGAUGUUGGAGGAGAAAGCUCUGCUCUCAUUGCAACUGGGAGCUCUGACCCGAUUCUUCGUAUAUGGGAUCCUCGGAAGCCAGGUACUACCGCUCCUAUUUUCCAGUUUUCAUCACACAGUUCCUGGAUCUCUUCUUGCAAGUGGCACAAGACAUCAUGGUUUCAUUUGGCUUCUGCAUCUUAUGAUGGAAAAGUUAUGUUGUGGGAUUUAAGAACUGCGUGGCCGCUUGCAAUGAUUGAAUCACACAAAGACAAGGUGUUAUGCCUGGAUUGGUGGAGAGAAGAUAGCAUCGUCAGUGGCGGUGCAGACUCAAAGCUCUGCAUUUCUUCAGGCAUAUCUGUUCAGUAAUAAUAAAGAGAGGUACCUUCAUUCGCAAUGAAUUAUGUUGCGAUUAAAAUCCCAGCCAGAACAAGUUAUGAUGGAUCUGGAUUCUUUGACUGGAGUUUGUGUGACUUUUGAACCAAUUUUGAGCUGUUGUAGCUGCUAGCAGUGUAAUUUAGUUGACCCUUUUCUAUUCUUAGGUUAUAUUUUUUCCUGGACCAUAAAUUUGUUGGAUAUGUUCUUAAUGGAAUAGAUAAUAGACAGCUGAAGUAAAUUAUAUGUUACAAGUCAAUUUUGAUUAAUGGGUGGAUACUC